AUGAAAAUAGCUACUACAGUCUCGCCGCCGACGCAUUCCGCAGUAAACACUGCAGAAAUUGCGGGUACGGCGACGCUGAAGCCUCACCAAAUGAGUAGAAGAAAUCCUUUCCUAAAAUUCUCUACACUUAACUGCGUAGAGUUCUUCAUUUUUUUUGUACGCCUUUGGUUGGGAGUAUCUGGUGGCGAAGAAGGUGCUCGCUUUGGCCCGUCUUUGAUGCCUGGGGGAUCUUUUGAAGCGUAUAAUAAUAUUAAGGAUAUAUUAGAGAAAGUAGCAGCUCAGGUUGAAGAUGGGCCGUGUGUGACUUAUAUUGGUGAAGGUGGAUCUGGUAAUUUUGUUAAGAUGGUGCAUAAUGGGAUAGAGUACGGUGAUAUGCAAUUGAUUUCAGAGGCCUACGAUGUGUUAAAGAACGUUGGUGGUUUAUCUAACGCUGAAUUAGCAGAAAUUUUUGCAGAGUGGAAUAAAGGAGAGUUGGAGAGCUUCUUGAUUGAGAUUACAUCUGAUAUUUUCAGGGUUAAAGACGAACAUGGAGAUGGGGAAUUGGUCGAUAAGAUUUUGGAUAAGACUGGAAUGAAAGGAACUGGAAAAUGGACUGUCCAGCAAGCUGCUGAGCUAUCUGUUGCAGCACCAACUAUUGCUGCUUCUUUGGAUAGUAGGUAUUUGAGUGGAUUGAAGGAGGAAAGGGAAAAUGCAGCUGAGGUUUUGAAGGAGGCAGGAUUAAAGGAGGAAGUAGGAGCUAUUAAGAGUGGUAUUGAUAAGAAGAGAUUGAUUGAUGAUGUUAGGCAAGCAUUGUAUGCUUCCAAGAUUUGUAGUUAUGCACAAGGGAUGAAUUUGCUGAGGGCUAAGAGUGUUGAGAAAGGUUGGAACUUGAAUUUGGGAGAGUUGGCAAGGAUUUGGAAAGGUGGGUGUAUUAUAAGGGCAGUGUUUUUGGAUAGGAUUAAGAAGGCUUAUCAGAGGAAUCCCAAUUUGGCUAGCUUAGUUGUGGAUCCUGAAUUUGCUAGGGAGAUGGUACAGAGGCAGGCAGCUUGGAGAAGAGUUGUGGGUUUGGCUAUUUCAGCAGGCAUUAGCACUCCAGGCAUGUGCGCAAGUCUUGCUUACUUUGACACUUAUAGGCGUGCUAGGCUACCGGCAAAUCUUGUUCAGGCUCAGAGGGAUUUGUUUGGAGCACAUACUUAUGAAAGGAUUGAUAUGCCCGGGGCAUUCCAUACUGAGUGGACAAAACUUGCUCGCGCCGGUGUUGGUGCUUUCAACUGAGCAUUUUUCGUGGUUGUUUUGCUUCUUUGUUUAAGAUGUGUCUUGAUUAUGUUUCCAUUUGAAUUGAAGUUGUAUGUCCCAUUGGGAUUCUCUUGCCUUGGCAUACCAACUAUUGUUUAGCCUCACAGUUUUUACUGUUAAUAAGAAAUGCAUGCCCCUUGGGAUCUAGAAAUUGUACUCUGCUUAGUUCUAGAUAGGAUAGGUUCGAUUAUGCUUUUGAUUUCUUAACUUUUUCGCAUCGUCUCAAUAAUAUUACAAUCUCUUGUGAGGCUAUUUGAUUUGGAA